AACAUUCAUUUGAAAGAAGGAAAACACAAGCACAGGAAACCAGGACGGGUCCAUAUUACCCGGUAGAAUUGUGUUGGCGUUAAUAUAUUUAAGACAAGCCACAUUUUUACACAAAGAUGUCGAAAAGACAUCGUCUGGAUUUAGGUGAUGACUAUUCCUCCAACAAGAAGAGGUCUGAAGGGUAGGUAGAGCUCUACCGUUAUUGUGACCGCUUUAAGCAGCCAGACAACGCUAACUGUUAGCCGAGCUCAGUAAUUUUUGGCUAGUAGCCACCAUUGGUGUGCAACAAACAGACAAAAUGUAACCACAACUGUUAGUACUGAAGAUCUCGUCUUAGAAACAUCGACUCAAUCGUACUUGAAUGUUGCCGUAAGACAGGAAUAUUUACUUUACGAGUUUUAGCUCAAGGAGCGAGCAACCUUACACAGGACGGCGGCUAUAACAUGAGCUGCUAACCAACGGACGUUCAGCGUUAGCGGCGUUAGCUUCGCACCGUGCAGGCACGUGUGUGUCUGUGUGUGAGUGUGUGUGUGUAAGUGAGAGAGGGAGAGAGAGAAAGAGAGAGAGAGGGAAAAUAACAAAUUGACUAGGGGUUAAACAAGUAAAACCAAAAUGUAAAGACUGUAUUCGCUGUCCCAGUCUCUGACCUCAAAGUAACACGUGAAGAUCUCCUCACAGACCCUUUCUCUUUCCGUUUUACUCACUGGAGCUUUAACAGAUUUGACCACCAAAAAAAGACCGAUUUAAUAUAGUGACCUAAGAUCACCUUAUUCUUCUUCAAGUUUGAUAUCUAAGUAAGAUAAAGUUAAAUUUACUAAGGGUUGAAUUACAGAAAGGGGGCUGAGUGCCCUUUAUAUUAUUCACUUAUACUUAAAAUGAUUCACUGCUCUUUAAAAAAAAAGCUGCAGAAUGUAAAUACCCAUCCGUCUUAAAAAGCCAUGCCAAAAGACACACGAGCAGGUCAUUGCUCAGUCUCUACUAAGAAUAACCAAAAUUGCAAGUACUUCCAUCAGCAUCCAGAUUAGGGCUGGGCGAUAAAACGAUAAUGAUAUGUAUCAAAAAUUAGUUUCCCUCAAUAUCAAUAUAAAACAUGGUCAGUAUGCUUUUUGAUAGUCUGCAUUCUGUCGUGUUUUGGUAGACAUACCGGGGCCAAUACAAAUAUAGAAUGCGAAAUUACGUAAUAUUCCGAGGUGAAUUUUGACUGCGAUUUUGCGACUUUCCAGGGGGGAAAAGACACGUCCCGGGUGGAAGCGAGAAGACUGACACAACAGCAGACUGACUGUUUUUCAGUUCUGCUUAGACACUAGUGUUGAGAUGGCUGUCUAUCAUGAUAGCAUGUACUGAGUCGGAGCCAGUACCAGAUAAACACAUUAAACUGUAAACCAUAAACGUAAGGUAACAACCGAGACCUAAUGGUGCUGUGACAGCAGCGCGAUUGAGUUUGAGACAGUGAAAAUACAUAUGGUAUGUUGUAUCUGAACAGGUUAGCUUACGAGCUAAAGUUACUAGCACAGAUGAAAGUUAAAACAAAGACGUUUAUUGAUGUUAUUGUUUGUUAAGAGGAUCAGUCAAUGGCUGAAAUAUUAUGCUUAUAUCAUGUUGUCGUUUUCAUUAUUUUCACAUUUUUAUUGAUCAAGCACAUCAAUCAUGUUAUAAUAACAGCCAUUAUUCCAAACAUUUUAUAAUGCAUGAUUAGUAAUGUGUUUUAAAUAGCUUUUAAAUUAAUUCAUGAAAUACAAAACACAUUGGGUUAUGCCUUAGACAUAUAAAUAUUUAUGUUAAGCAAUAUUAAAAUGCAUUAAUUUGUACAUAACAGAAGUUAUAUUAACCACUUAACUGCUACUGUUGUAGAUUUGAUCAUUGCCAUUUAGGAUCGGAAUAUCCAGGUAAUCAGUUAAGGGGAUGUUAACAUUACUGGUUAACAAGACUGCCUGCAGUGUCUGCAAAUAUAUUUAUUUCAUUAUUGUUUUAAAUCUGUAAGAGUCAGAUUGAUGUUGGUUAGUUGUUGAGUAGUUUACCUUUUAAAGAGGUUGAACUGCUCCUAUAAUUGUGCUGCUGAUGACGUCAUUGCGUAAACAAGAUGGCUACAUCUAGGAAAGUUAUUUUAGCGCUUGCCUUGUUCGAAUAUAACACGGCCUCCAAUUUUGCUUUUUUCCGACUUGGUAACUGAAACGCCGGUAACCUGGGUGUGACGUCAUUUUCAGCUCUGACAUCUGACUUCCAAGGUAACUUAAAUGCACCAUAUGGAGCAAGACUGUUUUUUUUUUUUUCACAAAAGUGAAUCUUGUAACUUUUUUUUAUGCUAUCUUAAGUAAAGUUUUGAACACAGUUACUGCCUGAGAAGAUUCUUAAUAGUCAUGGUAACGUGGAGCAUCGGAUGGACAACAGAUUGCCACUACAAAAUCUGUCUGUGAGCACAGGCAAUAGUCAGUGGCUAUUAUUUCUAAACGCUAUAAAUGAACCAGAUCAAGAGGCUCUGCUCAAAAAUAGAUCUUUGCAAAACGAUAAUUGCAAAUCAGUUAUUUUCACCCUGCAUAUUUAUAUGCAUCAAAAAAACAUGCUACAGUACAGAUAAUUGCAAGAACUCAUGAUAAACCGUCACAUCUCUGCUGUUCACCCCACAUAAUGCUAGUGGGGCCACAUUGUAGUGAGUCCUUGCAAUUUUCAUGGUAACGUUUGAUUUGUAUUUUUAUGCUGCCUCUCUUUGUUGUUGACAGGAGGGACAGGGAGCGUGACAGGGAGCGUGAGGACCGCCCCAGGGACAGGGACCGAGAUAGGGACAGGGACCGAGACAGGGACCGUGAGAGAGAUUCCAAACCCCCCAGUGUUGCGUCUAACAGCACGGGGCCCAUGCCAGGCUUAGCACCCUUGAAGCAGAUGGCCAUGCACCAGCAGAUCAACCCCUUCACUAACUUGCCGCAUACGCCUCGCUACUAUGAGAUCCUGAAGAAGAGGUUACAGCUCCCCGUGUGGGAGUACAAGGAAAGCUUCAGCGACAUCAUUACACGCCACCAGAGCUUUGUGCUCGUUGGAGAGACCGGCUCUGGAAAAACGACCCAGGUUUGAUCAGUUGAUGUCUUUUUAGCUCAAAUAUAAAGCUUGUAUAAACUUCAUUGAGCUGAUGCUGCGACCUAAAAACUAUUUGAAGUUAAUUGCGAUUUUUGCUUCAACCCCCAGAUCCCACAGUGGUGUGUGGACAUGGUGAGGGGCUUGCCUGGUCCUAAGCGGGCGGUAGCCUGUACUCAGCCCAGGAGAGUUGCUGCGAUGAGCGUGGCUCAAAGAGUGGCAGAUGAAAUGGACGUCAUGCUUGGACAGGAAGUGGGCUACUCCAUUCGAUUCGAGGACUGUAGCUCUGCCAAGACCAUUCUCAAGUAAGUGAUUGCAGUCUGUCUGCUCGCGCUGAAAAACUGCUUUUAAUGGGCUCCGAGUAAUCUGUCUAAUUGCUUUAAACAGUAUGUCCAGUCCAAUAAAGCCUGUCUGCUCUUUCUUUAGGUACAUGACUGACGGUAUGUUGUUGAGGGAGGCUAUGAAUGACCCGCUGCUGGAGCGAUAUGGAGUGAUCAUUCUUGACGAGGCCCACGAGAGGACUCUGGCCACAGAUAUCCUGAUGGGGGUCCUUAAGGAGGUGGUGCGUCAAAGGCCGGAUCUGAAGGUAUUUUUAAAAACAAACAGCACCAUAAUAUCAAAUUCAUCAUUAUGCAAACCAAACGCAGAUGACGCAUCAACAGAAAUAAAUCUGCCUCCUAAGGACCAUAGGGAUCGUUCAAAUGGAGCAUUCGGAAACAACGUUUUUUCCCUCUCACACAGGUGAUUGUCAUGAGUGCUACGCUUGAUGCUGGGAAAUUCCAGGUGUACUUUGACAACUGUCCCCUCCUGACCAUUCCUGGGCGCACACACCCUGUAGAGAUUUUUUACACCCCCGAACCAGAGCGAGACUACCUAGAGGCAGCUAUCCGCACCGUCAUCCAGAUUCACAUGUGCGAGGAAGACGAGGGUGACUGCCUUCUGUUUCUUACCGGUCAAGAGGUAGGAGCUGUGGUCAUUUAGAAAUGUUCAUUAUUGUCUCAUUUCUUGAACACAAACAAAAAAAAAUCUUAAUUUGUCUCACAGGAAAUUGAUGAGGCCUGCAAACGGAUCAAGCGUGAGGUAGAUGAUCUUGGACCCGAAGUUGGAGACAUCAAAAUCAUUCCACUGUAUUCCACAUUGCCACCACAGCAGCAGCAAAGGAUCUUUGAGCCGCCACCUCCAAGAAAGCCCAACGGUGCUAUCGGGAGAAAGGUACAUUUAAAGUGAUCGAACGGGUAGAAUUUAGCAGGAUUCAAAAAGAGACAUCAGUGGUAUUAAAGCUCAGCAUUUUUUGAUUUAAUUAAAUUGCAUCUGCUUAUUCUACCUCCACCAAAGUUUAAUGUCAUUUUGCUUCAUCUUCAGGUCGUGGUUUCGACAAACAUUGCUGAAACCUCCCUGACAAUUGAUGGUGUUGUGUUUGUCAUUGAUCCGGGAUUUGCGAAACAAAAGGUGGGCAAAGAUAUAAUCUGAUUUUUGUUUCAUCUGGUCUACUUGUUAUAUGUUUUAAAUGUUUUGUCCAGAGGUAGACUGUUUCACUUAUAUCUGCUUUCUAAUCUGUGUUCAGGUUUACAAUCCCCGUAUCAGAGUGGAGUCUCUGCUCGUCACAGCCAUCAGUAAAGCUUCUGCCCAGCAGAGGGCGGGACGAGCCGGCAGAACCCGACCAGGAAAAUGUUUCCGCCUCUACACAGAGAAAGCCUACAAGACAGAGAUGCAGGCAAGUGUAGCUUUUCAUGCAGUAAAUUCAGGAAUGUUUUGCACAUUCCUAAUUUUCUAUGUUUGUUGACACUUUGAACUCUCCCACUGCAGGACAACACAUACCCUGAGAUUCUUCGGUCAAACUUGGGGUCUGUCGUGCUUCAGCUGAAGAAGCUGGGUAUCGAUGACCUUGUGCAUUUUGAUUUCAUGGACCCACCAGGUGAGUUAGUCUGCAUUAGUGAGUGAUUGAACAGUAAAGGAUUCAGUUUACUGAACUUGGCUCUGACAUCUACGUCUUUCCUCUGUAGCUCCUGAGACACUGAUGAGGGCCCUGGAGCUGCUGAAUUACCUGGCUGCCCUGAAUGAUGACGGAGACCUGACAGAGCUGGGCUCAAUGAUGGCAGAGUUUCCUCUGGACCCCCAGCUGGCCAAGAUGGUCAUUGCCAGCUGCGAGUUUAACUGCUCAAACGAGAUCCUUUCCAUUACUGCCAUGCUGUCAGGUAAUGCCCAGGACUGGGCUGACAUCUUCCUUGCCUUCUAUAGGCCACGUGUUUGUGGUUAAACACACCCAUACUGACUGGUAGUGUUGAAAAACUAUCCUACUUAGACUUUAGUUUGUGCUCAGUUUUUAGGGCCCGAGCGUAGCUGCUAAGCAGCUGCGAGAGCCCUCUUGUUUUUUUUUGUUUUUGUAAAAAAUAGAAUGAAAGAAGAGGUAGCUAUGAUGCAUUUGAAUUAGAGAUUGUUUUUCUAGAUUACUUUUUUAUUCCAGGGUUUUGGCUCACUCCUGUAUGAAAAUGUUUUUAAGGAUAUAAUAAGAAUUUUUGUUUGGGCCAGUUGCUAUCAAAUUAGUAACAAACAACCUUGCCACUUUCUUGUUUUCAGCUGUCUCUUAGAUUAAAAUACAGGGUUUUAUUUAUACAUAGAUAUGUUUUAUUAAAGCACAGAUAUAGUCAUGUGUACGCUCCAAUUGAAGUUUAUCAAAAACUUAUGAAAUGCUUGAACAUACUGUGGUUUAUAAAAAAAUGUUGCUGUCCUCUCUCCAUCACAUUAUACUCGAGGGCAUUCUUGUAAAUAGUGAAUUAUUUUGGAGUUAAAUAACAGGCAAAUUUUGGGAAAUGAUUUCAUUUCCUCUAAUAAAGGAUAGUUUUUUUUUUCUAAUGAAAUUCCAACGACAUUAUAACCAUGCCAUAACAGCCACAGACACUCCAAUGUGAACUGAUCCAUUGUUAUCAAAAAGCCUUUUUAAAUCCAUAAAUGUAGUUUUAGUUUGGUUGCCUUUCACUCUGGACGGUUUAAAUGAUAACCACCCUCCCAUCACUAUACUGAGUCAAUGAUAUAUACAAAGUACGUAUUGAGUUUCACCAACAAAGCAAGUGGAGAGGGCAGGCACCACUUGAAUUUUUCAUACUCAUCGCUUUCAUAAUAACAGUUUUUACAUGAAAUGUAAUCAUUAUGGUUUAUAUAUAUAUAUAACGUUGUGUUACAGGUAUCAUGUUGAAGUAUUAAAUGAGAUCAGCUCUCUAGAAAGCCUGCCCAUUACUUUUCAAACAGAAACAUUGCUCUUUUAAGAUCACUGCUGAUGACCCUGACACUUUGUAGUUGUGUGAAAACUCUUGUUUUACAGAUGUGGUUAAAUGGCUCCCCCUUCUCUACGUGCUAAUAGCCAAAACAGUUUGGAAAGAUCCUGAGAAAGGACCACAGCGUCCCCCCCCUUUGAUAGAGCUUGUGGUCCUGCCCUGUCCCAGCGCAGUGUCCAGUGCCCUAGCAUCAUAGGCUUUGCUCCAUUUUUCUGUGAAUGUUUGACUCAUCCCCAUGGGCGGCUUUGUUGGGGCCCAUACCAACCUUGUUUAGUCCCACAGUGUUUUGUCCGCCCCACGGAGGCUAAGAAGGCAGCAGACGAGUCCAAGAUGAGGUUUGCUCACAUCGACGGGGACCACUUGACGCUGCUCAAUGUCUACCACGCCUUUAAACAAAGUGAGCAUCAUUUUAAUCUCCUAGACAUCAAUCCAGACGGAAACAUUAUCAGGAACUUUUGCUCAAGACUUAACUUUGAGAGGAAAUGCAUAUACUUUCCAAAUUGUUAACAGAGGAUGGAUUAAAAGUCACAUCGCAAGCAUCAGAAAUCUGAUCUGAUAGAGUAUAAGACAUUCAACCAAAUGUUUGAUUUAUUUAUUGUUUUUUUGUUUUUUAUUCUUCCAGAUCAUGAGUCUAACCAGUGGUGCUACGACAACUUUGUAAACUACCGCUCACUGAUGUCUGCUGACAACGUACGGCAGCAGCUGUCCAGGAUCAUGGACCGCUUCAACCUGCCCCGCCGGAGCACAGAGUUCACCAGCAGAGAUUACUACAUCAACAUCCGCCGAGCGCUCUGCACCGGCUUCUUCAUGCAGGUCAGUGCGCAGCGCUCAACGUGUUCAUAACCUUCCUCAGCACAAAAAGGCUUUUUUUUUAUUCAUCUGCUGGUUAUUUAUCCCUCAGGUGGCUCAUUUGGAGCGCACAGGUCAUUACCUCACCGUCAAAGAUAACCAAGUGGUCCAACUGCACCCGUCUACAGUCCUGGAUCACAAACCUGAGUGGGUGCUGUACAAUGAGUUUGUUUUGACCACCAAAAACUACAUCCGCACCUGCACAGACAUCAAACCAGAGUGGUAGGUUUUCAGACUCAGCCGGGGUUCCUGUGAUAAGAUAUUUGAACGAUCCUUGACUGUACAUAAUCUCCUAACUUAUUUUCUUCUCUCUACAGGCUGGUGAAGAUAGCGCCCCAGUACUAUGAAAUGAGUAACUUCCCACAAUGUGAAGCUAAACGACAGCUGGAGCGAAUCAUUGCCAAACUAGAGAGCAAGGAGUAUUCCCAGUACUGAACAAUAGCCAACAAAUGUCCUGGAAAACAGUUGCGUACUAUAGUUUUAGAUCUCAUGUAUCAUUGUAUUUCAUGUUUAAAAAUUUUGCUUUUUGAUUUUUAUAUUUGUUUGCUUUUUGUCUUUUUUUCCCCUCUUUUUUCCCCAUCAAUGUUAAUUCUGUAACUAAAUGUAAUGUCAGAUGAGAUAUCAGCGUUAAAUAUUAGACCUGGCUAUUAAGAUUUUCAAAAGGAAUAUCAGAAACAUGUCAUUUAGAUGUGAUUGACUUUCCUUUAGGGGAUUGCUGAGUACUUAAAAAUGUGCUUGCUCUGUUUCUUUAAUAAAGGAGCUUUGACAUUA